AUGGACGCAGAAACCGAGGACCCAGAGAACAUUGAACCUUCAGCUCCCUGGUCAGGUUCUGAUGGUUCCAGAGAUUGUGGUUUCCUUGAAUCCCCGGACGAAUCCGAUGAUGAAGUUGAGUAUAGUGAUGGAGAAAGAAGCUUGGACACACAGCCCUAUUCUUUCUGUAAGUGUGAUGUGGAGUACCAAAAAGGUCUAAAAUCACUAGAGUCAAAACUGGUCUGUAAGGAACAGUCUUUGAAUGACCUGAGUGGUGGUGAGGAGGAAGGUUCAUCCCAAGAAGUGGACAUUUACUCUUAUGACCCGGGAAAGACUGCACACAACAAAACCCUACCAACCUCACGGUUCUCAAAAUCAAAGGGCCAAGACCCUGAGAGUGGGCAAAUGCCAAGGCCGCUUACACAUUCAUCUUCCUCCUCCCUUGGACAUGCUCCUGAAAUGACCCUGAACACUGAGCCCCUGGGGGCCAGUUAUAGGCAGGGCCAAGGGACUGGAAACAGGAGGGUUGGAUCUUCAGAAGAAGGAGGGAGCAGCGAAGUAGCUCCUGCCACACUCAUCUUUGGAAUCUCAGAUCAGGGUGCUGAGCAGGCAGAGAGGCGAAAUCCAGGCUUUGACACAGGUCUCUGCAAACAGGACAGUCACCAGGGAAGGUAUACACGGCUUGGUCAAGAUGAAAGCCAAUCACAAAGGCAGGUUAAGGAGAACAAGUCCAAAUGUCAGCGAAUUGCUCGCCUUCUAACUGAGGCACACAACCCUCAAAAUAAGGGAGCCCUUUUGUUUAAAAAACGUCAGCAAAGGGUGAAGAAGUAUACACUUGUAAGUUAUGGGACUGGUGACAGUAAGUUUGACAGUCAAGAACAAUUGGAAGAAAAAGCAGGUGAUAUCCAGGAGGCUGAGUUUGACUUUGUCAAAACUGACGAUUCUGACUUUGGAGAAGAAUACGCCGUAUAUCACAGGCAACAUGAUUUAAGUGUGAAUUGGGGAAGUGUUGAAAAAAUGGAAGUGUUAUCUGGGACAACAGGAAAGGGAGUCUUGAUGUUUGCGCACCGCCGUAAACGCAUGGAAGAAGUUGUUUCAGAGCAAGAACGUCAUAAUAAAGGAUUAUAUUUGAAAGCGCCGUCAGAACCUGGAUUCCCAGUAGCAAAGAAUAUAUACAACUUGAAGAAAAUGUCUGAUCAUUCUGAACCGGUCAGCUACAUGGAUAGACACAUUCAUCAGAUGAAUCAGCAAAGAUCUUUGGUUUCAAACAGGACAGCGAAGCCUUUUUUAGGAGUUGAACCUGGUCCAGCUUAUAACAGGAUGUCUGCUGGCCCUGCUGUUCCAGUGAGAAAAAAUCCAUCAACUGAAUCAACAUUUAAAGUACAUGUUCCUAUCAUCUCAAACCCACAUGUUUGGUCCCCGACUGCAGACAUCAUAGCCUCCAGAGACGAGCGAAUAGCUAUACCUGCAAUAAGGGCUUGCAGUCUGCCAGAGUCAAGGCGUAAAAGCUCUAACAAACAGCAUCAGACAACCAAAAAACAAGGAUCAGAUUCUCGGGAAAACAAAGCAUAUAUGGAGUCAGAGGAAGACUGUUUUAGUCUGGGUGCGGAAGCAUGUAACUUCAUGCAACCCAGAGCAAUUAAACUCAAGAAUCCACCCCCGGUUGCACCAAAGCCUGCUAUCAAUCCAAAAAGUCCGCCAUGGAUAAGAGGCCCUCCGAGUGAACCCUGUCUUCCUCCAAGGAGUUCAAUUUCACAAGCCAAGUAUCGUUCGGGGCCCCAGCAACAGCACUGUUACUUGGACCAGCACUGCUCUCAACCUCAAAAGUUGGCCAACUGCUCGGAGGCAGAUCAAGCACAGGCAACUAUUCAAACACCUGCCAUUGGCCGGGUAUCGGUCAGCUCCUCUUUUAAGCCUCAUAUUCAGCCAACCACGACCAGCAGGAGCAAACCACUACCAAGAACUGCUGUGAGUAUGCAGACACACUCUCCUUCUUUCAGCCCAUUUCACUUACAGUCAACUGUGCGAAGUAAGCAAGAGAGUGUUCCAAGUUCUGUUGCCUCUUGUCCACCAAAACCAAUGAAACCAUUCACAUCAAAAAUGCCACUGCCUCCUCCAAAAGGUCAAGUCAUUGGUGGAGGUUUUGAUCGCACCAUUACGGAUGAAGGCAUAGAGUCAUCUUCCAAAAGACCAUCCAGAAUGGAGAAGUUUGUAGUUGGCAAUCCAACAUCAAACCAGGCUAGAUGCACCUCUCCAACAAUGUCAUUACCCAACUCCUGGAGAUAUUCAUCCAAUAUUCGUGCACCACCACCUUUAUCAUACAAUCCGCUUCACUCCCCUUUUUAUACUCCACCAGCAGUGAAAAAAACACAACCAACAAAAACCACAGUAAUAACCAAAUCAAGCCCAAAACAUCUCAACACUUUAGAUGUCAUGAAACAUCAGCCGCAUUAUUUGGAUUCAUCACUCUUCCACUAUGAAGCAGUUCCAGAGGCUAAAAGCCCCAGUGCCAAACCCGCACCGCCGUCAAAGUUUGAAAUGACCAAAAAACUCAAACAAAGAUCUGCCCACUCUCAUUCUCCUAAUAUCCCCGAGCCUGACUUUGAAAGCAAGUCAGAGACCUCUGCCAAGUCCUCAGCUAAGUCCUCUGGACCGGGACAAGGUAGAAGUCGCUCCCUUAGCCUGCCCAGAUACUCCUCUUUUUCUGGGCCGCUGUCACCAGUGAGCACACAGGAUCCUCGCCCAUAUCUUUCCCCUGCAAAGCAAAAUCGAGCAUCGAGCAUCUCCUCCUACAAGCCACCCACGCCCUGGGAGGCUGCGUCUAGGAGCCCCUUUGGUUCAGUGGAUGAUGCCUUCUUGUUCCAAAGCGUCUCGUCGACAUUCGCCUCAUGUGUCAGGGCCGUGGGGCCCCGCAGGUCCCUGCCUGAGCCUCCAGAGGAAUGGAAGCGUCGGGUGUCAUUUGAUCCACCGCUUGCCAGUCAGGGUCAUUGUCGUAUGGCCCCUGCUUACAUGACCUCAGCACCCAUGAGGAUGAAAAGUGCAUGCGUCGAAACAACAGCAGCAUACAGGCCUUCUUUUAGACCAUCCCAUUCACUUAAACCGGCUGGUAAACCCAGACUUAUAUAA